UAUGCGUUCAUGAUAGGAUGGUGGUAAUGAAGUGGACGUGCACCAAUUUUCUUAUGGCUGGAUGUCCAUCGAGUUUUUAUUUGGUAACAGAUAUUAUUUAGGAUUUAGAUACAGAUAUUGCGUAUAGAAUUUAGAAAGAAGAAUGGGGGAUGAAAAUGAACAGAGGAGUAAUUACUCCAAAAAUGCUAUUAGACAGGUUCCACCAUCCGCAUAUUAUAUACCUAAUUUUAUUAGUGAGGAUGAAGAGAAGGAAAUAAUUAAGAAGGUCAAUGCAGCACCUUUGCCUAAGUGGACACAAUUGAGUCAUCGUAGACUUCAAAAUUGGGGUGGUAUACCACAUCCAAAGGGUAUGAUUGCAGAGAAAAUACCAGAUUGGCUUCAGAAGUACGUUGACAAAAUAUCCAAUCUUGGAGUAUUUGAUGUAAAUACAUUACCUAAUCAUGUAUUAAUCAAUGAAUAUUUACCUAAUCAAGGGAUAAUGGCACAUUCGGAUGGUCCACUUUUUCAUCCUACUGUAACUACAAUUAGUUGUGGAUCGCAUACAGUGUUGGAAUUUUAUAAACGUAUUAACACUGACAAUGUUGAAAAGGAAGCAGAAUUAGAAUUUAGCUUUUUUCUUGAACCCAGAAGUCUGUUAAUAUUACAAAAUGAAUUAUACAGUAACUAUUUGCAUUCUAUUGCUGAAAGAAAGUCUGACAUUAUAACAAAAUGUAGUAUAAAAAAUAUAGACCUCUGUUCAAAUGAUUACAAGGAGGGACAAGCCAUUGAAAGAGAAACAAGGCUGUCAUUGACUAUACGACAUGUUCCGAAGACUAGUAAAUUAAAACUGAAAUUUGGAAGAUGAUUUUUAAUAUAAUUUAUUAUCAAAGUUGUACAUUGCAUUUAAAUAAGCAUUAUAAAAACCAGUUUUCAUAGCAGCAGUAAACAAUACUUUCAUUCAUGUAACAGCUUUAGGAGACAUUGAUACAUCAACAUCUUCAUAA